CUUUUAUCUUUUUUCUCUUUUCUGAAGAUGACGAAGGUGUAGGGUUCGGCGUUAUUAGCUGGGUUAUAAAGUAUACUAGCAGACUAGGUACCGUGGACCUACCUGGUAGGUGAGCUAAGGUGAGACAAAGAGAGACUCGGGCUUAUAUAAACCUUCCGGUUUUUUGUUAAUUAGGAGGUUUAUGAAGCUUCUUUUAUAUUUAUUAUAUUCGAAUUGCCUUUACUUGGAGUAAAGGGAAGGAUAGUGGGAAUUAUAGGACCCCGGACUUCGGACUUCGGAAUGGGGUCACAGCUGCAACCGCAAAAUGGCUUAGGCGCUGCGGCGCCGGAAGCAAAGACGAAGCCAUCCGUUUGCUUCCUCGGCCCCGUCUCUUCUUAUACACACCAGGCGGCGUUAAACACGUUUCCUGAGGAUAAAUUCGACUUGAUACCCGUUGAGACUAUCAAAGACAUCUUCGAAACAACCCAAUCCGGCCGGACAACCUACGGCGUCGCGCCGUACGAGAACUCGUCCAACGGCUCCGUGGUCUUCACCCUGGACCUCUUCGCCGACCGCGCCGGCGAGUACCCGGACCUAUCCGCGUGCGCGGAGAUCUACCUCGACGUGCACCAUUGUCUGCUCGGACACCCCCCUCCUCCCCCACCCCAUUCCCAUUCCCAUUCCCAGGAUGGUGAUGAUGAUGAAGGCAAGGUAGACGAAAAGCAUGAGGAGAAGGGGUUCGAUUUCUCACACAUCAAACGCAUAUACAGCCACCCGCAGGCCUUCGGCCAAUGCACCAAGUUCCUACGCCAGCACCUCCGGGGCAUCGAGACCGUAGACGUGAGUUCCACGAGCCGCGCCGCGGAACUCGCGCUCGCGGAUGAGAGCGGGGGGAGUGCUGCUGUGUCUAGCGCCGCAGCGGCGAAGGUACUGGGGUUAGGCGUUUUGGCAAGGGAUAUUGAGGACCGGAAGGAUAACACGACGCGGUUUUUUGUGCUGAGACGGGGGGUGGGUGGGGUGGGGGAAGGGGGAGAAGGGUGGGAGGAGAAGGCUUUGGAGAGUGUGUUGAGGAAGAGGAGGAGGGGGGUGGGCAAGAGGAAGAGAGGGGAUGGAGAAGAUGAAACUGAAGCUAAUGCUGAGAGCGAGGGGAAGGUAGAUGUGGACGUCUACUCGCAAACUAAAUCCCUCGCCUCCUUCACGGUCCCACACAGAUCGCCUGGCGCCCUCGCUGACGUGCUCGAGUGCUUCCGGCGCGCGCGCCUUAACCUCACGAGUAUCCAGAGUAGACCCAGUCUGGCUGAGCCCUUCCAGUAUAUUAUCUUUGUCGAGUUUGAGGGACACCGGUAUCGUGACCCUGAAGGCCGUGUUAGCGACGCGCUGGCCAGUGUCGCUGAGGUUGCGAGGAGCUCGCGGUGGUUGGGGAGUUGGGAUAGCAUGCGGUAAGGUGAUCUGGGGUUGAGUGGAAAGGGGCGUAUAGUGGAAGAAAAAAGGUCUUUACACUCAAGCUCUAUUUAUGGGUUCAGGGGCAUUUGGGGUUUCGUAAAAUAUAUGGUACCUUGGCGUAAAAAACGGCUAUAUUCCAUGUUAGUAUGGAACGAAGCAUUAUGAAUAUAGCAUCUAUAUAAGCAUAGCAAAUCAAGAUUUCAAGUUCC